AUGGGCCUAUCCAAAUGGGCCAUUAUUGCCAUGCUGGCUAUUCUUCGCACCGGCGCUGUCUGUGUUCCGAUCGACUUGCUGGACCCAACGCCUUAUAUUCGGGUUAUAGAGGCAAACCUCGUUUUUGCUGACCAGUCCCAAAAUUUCGUGGACCUGCUCGGCCCAACGCCUGACAUUUACGAGCCACAAGUGUCCCCUCAAGAUCCGGCCUUUGUCAUGUUUACAUCUGGCAUCACUUCCACGCCAAAGCCUGUAAUCCUAGGCCAUGAGGCCAUAUGUACCAACAUUCUCCACCUUGCAGACACCCUGGAAAUUAAUGACAAAUCGCGGAUUUUUCAAUGUUCAUCGCUCACAUCCAAUAACAUGAUAGGGACACAGAUCUACCACGCGCGAUCUCCGCUACCCGAGCCACACACGUCCUCCUUACCCCAUCCCUCUUACGUGAACUGA